CAUCUGAAGGCAACUGUAAUUUUGAGUAGCUAAUGUUAAUAAUAAAAUGUCAGUGUAAUAAACGCGACUGAAGAAGAGACAAUAAAUCUCUUCUCCAAAUUUUCGUGCGAUUUAACAUGCAUCAGGUAACUUGCAAAUGAGCAAUAAAGUUGAUUGCGAUUGACGAAAAAGGCCUGCUUCUCCGCCUGAUUCUCUUCCCAUCAUGUCCCUUUAAAAAUAUAAAUAACAAGUUUAAACAAAAAUACAUAACCAAAUUAUUUGCUAUUUAUGAAACAUUAUGUAAAAAGUUUACAUAAUUUGCACAAUGAAAAUUCAGAACAAGAAUAGUUGCAAAAACUAUUGCAAUAAUAAAUUCAGUAUUAAUACUUUAAAUAAAGCACGGAACAGAAGAAACAGAAAAUAUAGAAUAGUUAGAAACCAAGCUGGACUCGAUGAAUAUGUCUUUUAUUCAAUACUUAAUACUGAUAUUGCUAUGGAAUUAGGAAUAGCAGCAAGUGCGAUAGCACGUAGUAUACUUGCACUUUAUAAAAAAUUAGCAGCUGAUCGGUCAAAGAAUCCCUAUGUUGUUCAAUGGCAGAAAACCGGAGAAAAUAUGAUUGUUUUGCAAGGAUACGAUCAUAAACAUUUAAAAUAUCUCGAGAACGAAGCGAAAUUCGUAGCUCUUGGUAUACAUGCCACUUAUCAUCGAUGGUAUCAUAAUCGCGUAAUGGUAGUACUAUCGGCAUUCGGCCGAAAGGAAGAUAUCGAGGAUAUUUUCGACGGACUCUCAUAUUUACGCUAGCGGUAAA